AGGGGUGGUGGGGGAGAAGGUGGCUGCAUCUGCUGCAAAAUGAGCGAAUCCCUUGUGGUCUGUGACGUCGCUGAAGACCUUGUGGAGAAGCUGAGAAAAUUCCGCUUUCGCAAAGAAACAAACAAUGCUGCCAUUAUCAUGAAGAUUGACAAGGAUAAGCAGCUGGUCGUUCUGGACGAAGAACACGAGGGUAUUUCUCCAGACGAGCUGAAAGACGAGCUCCCCGAGAGGCAACCUCGAUUCAUCGUCUAUAGCUACAAGUAUCAGCACGACGACGGGAGAGUCUCCUAUCCACUUUGUUUCAUCUUCUCCAGCCCUGUCGGUUGCAAGCCCGAGCAGCAGAUGAUGUAUGCCGGCAGCAAAAAUAAGCUAGUCCAGACAGCUGAACUGACAAAGGUAUUUGAAAUAAGGAACACGGAAGACCUCACUGAAGAGUGGCUGCGAGAGAAGCUGGGCUACUUCCAUUGAAACCCCGAUCUGGCCUUCCAUCCCGGCGUGAACUGGAACCCGAUGCGAAUCCUUACAACCAUCAAAAGACUGCACUGUACUUCUCGGUUGUUUCCUGCCGUGUGUGGUGCGUGCGUGUGUGUGUAUGUACAUAUAUAUUUUUGUGUGUGCAAAGUUUAUACGCUCCUUCCAGGGAGGAAACAUCUCUUCCUGUGUCACCAAACCUUGCUCCCGGGGUUUUUCUUUCUUUGUAACUUUUCAGAAGGGAAAAAACUCAUUCUGCAGGGACAACGUUUCUUUCGUUUUGUUUUUGCACUCAUGUGACUAAUAUUUCUAUAAUAGCUAGAUCCAGAAUUUAACUGUCUACAGAUAAUGGGGGCAGUGUUCCCAAAAGGAACAUCUCCCGGACUAGCCCCACUAAUGCGAACGGGUCCUU